AUGGGCUCUCCGCGUGCAUCAACGCCUUCUUCCUCUGCUUCCCGGAGGCGGCAUGAAAGGGAUAGAGGAUUAUUCUCACAGAUAAGGAGAAAGAUACAAAAGGGUGCAGAUAGGAUAAGAGCUCAGGAUGGUGUCGAAGACACUGCAAAUGGAUCGUCCGGUCAUCCUGUUCGCAGGUUGAACGCUAAAGACAGAGCGCUAUGGAAAUGGGGUACACUGGAAAAUAUGGACGAAUUCUUGCAAGAAGUGUAUGGGUACUAUGUGGGGAAAGGGUUGGUCUGCAUACUCCUAACAAAAUUGCUCAAUUUGCUAACGAUCGCUUUCGUUGUCGGCUUCUCCACUUUUCUCGUCGGAUGUGUGGAUUAUUCCAAAAUCAAACAUGAUGGACAACUAUCAGAUGUGGUUGUGCAUCAGUGCAUAAGUAGGUUUUCCGGUUUGACAGUAUUGGCUUUCGCCUUGUUUGUUGGUCUCUACGCCUGGCAAGUGGUUCGUUUCGGAUUGGGCAUAUCCAAGUUGAUUGCUAUGCGUGACUUUUAUACCCAUCUUCUCAAUGUGCCAGACGCCGACGUUCAAUCUAUCUCGUGGCAUGAUGUAGUAUCGAGGAUUGCUCAUUUGAGAGAAACACACCCGACGCUUUCACUCUCUUCUUCAUCAAAUCUAAGGCCGGACAAUAGCGGAAAGCUAGAUGCACACGAUGUUGCCAAUCGAAUUAUGAGACAGGAAAAUUAUCUGGUUGCUUUGUUUAAUAAGGACGUUUUGGAUAUCAGUAUACCCAUCGUUGGAUUGCAAAAUAGAACUCCAGAAUUAACAAGAACACUUGAAUGGAACCUUACUUUUUGUCUACUUGGAUUCUUGUUCGAUCAUAAGGGUCAAGUAAGGAAACAGUUCGUGACGGAAAGGCAUAGGAAAGAACUUAUCGAAGGGCUAAAGAGACGUUUCAUUUUCAUGGCAAUUGUCAAUGCAGUGUUUGCACCAUUUAUUGUCAUUUACCUGCUCUUCUAUUCGUUUUUCCGAUAUUUUGAGGAGUAUCACAAGAAUCCUUCUUCCCUCGGUGCUCGGCAAUAUACUCAAUUUGCACGAUGGAAAUUCAGAGAGUUCAAUGAAUUGCCCCACAUAUUCAGACGCAGAUGUCAUAAUUCAUACCCUUACGCACAACGAUAUAUCGAUCAAUUUCCCAAAGAAAGGAUUGCAAUUAUUGCCAGAUUUGUCUCGUUCGUGGCGGGAUCAUUCACAGCCGUGCUUCUCUUAGCCUCAGUAUUGGAUCCGGAUCUCUUUGUACACUUCGACAUUACUCAUCAAAGGAAUGUGCUGUUCUAUAUCGGAGUGUUUACUGCAAUUCUGGCGGUAUCAAGAGCUAUGGUGCCGGACGAACAGCAAGUAUUUGAGCCUGAAGUGCUUUUGCGUGCGGUGAUUGAAUAUACACAUCACCUACCUGAACAUUGGAAAGGACGAUUCCACUCGGCUGAAGUUCAUUCAGAGUUUGGAACGAUGUACAGACUAAAGGUCUCGAUCUUUAUAAGCGAGUUACUUUCGGUCAUCUUCACGCCUUUUAUCCUUUGGAAAUCUCUACCUCGUAGUGCACCAGGAAUCAUUGACUUUUUCCGAGAAUUUACCGUUCAUGUGGAUGGUCUGGGAUACGUUUGUUCGUUUGCAGUGUUUGAUUUCAAAUUACAGGGAAAUGCCAAAAGUGGAAAAGGUACGGGCAAAUUACCUUCUCAUCAUGAUCGUCUCGCAUCGAAUCAAAUGAAGAUGGAACAAUCUCUGCUUGGUUUCCGUGCAGCAAAUCCGAAUUGGCAUCCA